CCUUUUUCUCCCCCCAUCGAUUCCUUUAUAAGGACCACCACCGCACCCCUACAAUUCCAGCACUCGAACGCCACAGAAAAAAAGAAGCAUAACUUCAACGAGCGAAUCUCCCUCUGUCUCUGGUUCAUCUUUCGUUCUUCAGGCUCAGAACCAUGGCUCAGACUGUUGUUCUCAAGGUUAAAAUGUCAUGUCAAGGCUGCGCUGGAGCUGUCAGAAGGGUCCUGGAAAAAACGGAAGGUGUGGAAACAUUUGACAUCGAUCUGAAGGAACAGAAGGUGACAGUCAAGGGCAAUCUGCAGCCCGAUGCUGUCCUGCAAACCGUCUCAAAGUCCGGAAAACAAACUGCUUUCUGGGAAGCGGAAGCCCCAGCCCAACCCGAAGUGAAGCCCACCGAAGAUGUGAAGCCAGCCGAAGAUGUGAAGCCUGCCGAAGAUGUGAAGCCGGCUGAAGAGUUGAAGCCCACCGAAGAGGUGAAGCCCGCUGAAGCAGUGGCCACCGCCUAAUCUCUUCGCUCCAUUCGCUUUAAUGGUGCUAGUGAUUUAUAAAUAUGCUCUAUCUGAGUGAGCUCAGACUCUAGUUCACAUUAGCUCUUAAGUGUGGUAUCUGCUUGAAUGUUAAUUUAGAAAAUAACUCCUUGUGAUUACGUGCGCCUUAAGCAUGGAUGGCACUUGUGGUGUUCGAUGGCUUUUACUAAAGUAUGACCAAUGAAUUGUUUUACGAUUGACUAGUUAGUAUGUGCUAGUGAUUA